UGCGCUGCUGCAUUUUCUCUACUUGGGAACAUGUAUUUAUGGAGCAGUUUAAGCUCUAUGAGGUAUUUAAGAGGUAUUUUUGUUUCUGUGAUCCUGUAAUUUUUCUGCCUUGGGCCUCUGAGGCUGUUUUCUCCUCGGUGUUGUUGGUAAAGCUUCUAAAGCGUCACGGGCUUUAUCAUCGUUACCAGUGUUCAAGAGUACAGAACCAAACCAAUUGGUUACUGUAUGAAUUAUUCAGGAUGGUUUCAUUUUCUUUCGUACAAGACCCUAGACAGAUGAGCAAACUCUGUAGGACCUUGCUCUUUUUCUGCUCCUGUUACAAGUGAAUGUACAAUCAAGAGGUGAAUGUUUAUUAAGAUGGCAGUAGCUGAAUGUCCGGAUUACUUCCUACACCACCCAAAAUAUCAGCAGGACAAUGUCGACCGAUCUGCCAAUCACAGACCAGCGAAUCUAAUCGGGUCAAGUUUCCAGCAGGCUGCCAGUCGGAACUCUCCUAACCACCAAGAAGACGAUGUGGAUCUGGAGGCGCUGGUGAACGAUAUGAACUCGUCGUUUGAGAGUCUGUACCCCGCCGGCAGUGUGCAGUGCGAGGCGGCCCCCCUGUUACACAACGGCCAGCACACGCACGCACACACACAGCCCAUCUCGCUGCACCAGAGACUGCGCCGCUCCCAGCCCAUGCACAUCCUCGCCGUCAGGAGGCUGCAGGAGGAAGAGUUUCGGACAUCAUCUCUGCCUGCCAUCCCAAACCCCUUCCCCGAGUUGUGUAGUCCAGCCAGUUCACCCACAGCCUGUCCCGGCUCUUUACCGCCAUGCCAAGCCUCAGACAAACACAUUGUUAAAAUCUUCGGCGAGGACGGCAUGGGCAAAGUGGUGGAGAUCCCGUCUGACAUGACGGCGCGAGACCUGUGCCAGCUGCUCGUGUACAAAAGCCACUGCGUGGAUGACAACAGCUGGGCGCUGGUGGAGCAUCACCCGGCCCUGGGGCUCGAGAGAUGCUUAGAGGACCACGAACUUGUAGUCCAAGUGCAGGCGUCCAUGACUAGCGAGAGCAAGUUUGUCUUCAGGAAGAACUACGCCAAAUAUGAAUUCUUCAAAAAUCCUCUGAACUUCUUUCCAGAGCAGAUGGUGGCCUGGUGUCAAGAUAGCAACGGGACCAUUCCUCCAUCUCAGCUGUUGCAAAACUUCUUAAACUCCAGCAGUUGUCCAGAAAUCCAGGGUUACUUGUACGUGAAAGAGACGGGCAGGAAGUCGUGGAAAAAGCUGUAUGUGUUUUUGAGACGCUCAGGAUUGUACUACUCGGCAAAAGGAACGUCAAAGGAACCGAGGCAUUUACAUUUACUAGCAGACCUUGAAGACAGCAACAUCUUUACCGUAAUAGCAGGCAAGAAACUUCACAAUGCGCCAACAGAGUACGAGUUUUGUAUAAAGCCCAACAAGGUCCGGAGUGAGCAGAAGGAACUGAGGAUGUUGUGUGCAGAAGAUGAACAGAGCAGAACGUGCUGGAUGACGGCCUUCAGAUUGUUUAAGUAUGGAAUUCUACUUUAUCAGAACUAUAAAAUCCCUCAGCAGAGAAAAGCUUUGCUCUCGCACUUCCCAGCUCCAAUGAGGAGUGUGUCAGAGAACUCUCUAGUAGCCAUGGAUUUCUCAGGGACAAUAGGCAGGGUGAUCGACAAUCCCGUGGAAGCUCAGAGUGCUGCUCUGGAGGAGGCCCAUGCCUGGAGGAAGAGAAGUCAGCGCAUGAACACUUUGGGGAGCCCGAGUCCACUCCACCCCUCAUCAUUAAGUGGAGUGAUACACAAAACUCAGCUUUGGUUUCACGGUCGAAUCACAAGGGAGGAAUCGCACAGGAUGAUGCACCAGCAGGGCCAAGUGGAUGGAUUGUUUCUCUUAAGGGACAGCCAGAGCAACCCGAAAGCCUUCGUGCUUACCAUGUGUCACCACCAGAAAAUCAAACACUUUCAAAUUUUACUGUGUGAAGAGGACGGUCAGAUGUUCUUCAGCCUUGACGACGGCACCACCAAAUUCACGGACCUGAUCCAGCUGGUGGAGUUCUACCAACUCAACCGAGGAGUCCUCCCUUGCAAACUCAAGCACCCGUGCACCAUGGUGGCCUUAUGACCUCCCAAACCUACCAAUGGUUCUCUUGAGAAUCGGAAUGUUUAACCUGGCUUAAUGAUGUUCAAGUGACUGGCUGUCCACUGACAAGUACUCUGUGGGCAUUCCUAUAUGAUUUCCAGAGGAAUUGCAAGCACUAACAGGGCUGUGAUGAAGCUAUCUAGAAGCUAUCGAGAUAAGAUCUUGGUUGGCAGCAAGCCUUUAUCCACUGGUAAACACUAAAGGUUCUUCCUCGUACAGUCA